UACAUUGUAGGUGUCCUUCUCAAACUAUUCCAGUAGCGGAAUCAUCACUUAAGUGUAUGACGAUUUUUGCCAAUUCAACCACCGAGAUUACCUCAGGAUCAGUCAAAAUGGAAUUAAAAAAUGUGCCCUGGUUUCUGAUAUCAUUAAUGCUGGGCGGAUAUACUCAUGGGGCAUCAGACACUAAAACGGAAGCCAGCGUAGAACCCUUUCUCAACCCUUUACUGACUCAGAUGGAGGGAGACAGACAAAACUUGCCAGACGGUCUGAAUAAAUGCAUCGAAAAAAUCAACAGAGCUCAGCCCUACAACAAAACAGGUCCAUACUGUAAUUGGACAUGGGAUGGAUGGUUCUGUUGGGACGACACCCCAGCAGGGACCUUCGCUAGUCAGAACUGCCCUGACUAUGCCGGAUUUGACCCUACUGAAAAAGUGACUAAAUAUUGUGACGAAGCAGGCAAUUGGCUUCAACAUUCUGCCUUUAAUGUAACCUGGUCCAACUGUAUUGUCAUCUCCAAGGAUAAAUUAAAGACAGUGACUCACAGUUCUUCUGAAGCCAUCGCUGAACCCACAAUUGAAGCACUCGUCAGUCCUGUUGUCACGCAGAAGGCCGAGGAAAGGAAAAAGAUUAUUGACGGUCAAUAUAAAUGCUUUGAAAAAAUGAACAGAGAUCCGCCUUACAACAAAACAGGUCCAUACUGUAAUCGGACCUGGGACGGAUGGCUAUGUUGGGACGACACGCCAGCAGGGACGUACGCGUACCAGAACUGCCCCAAUUACUUUGCUGAUUUUGACUCCACGGAAAAAGCCACUAAAUAUUGUGAUGAAUCAGGUAAUUGGUUCCGACACCCUGAGACUAACAGAACAUGGUCCAACUACACACUCUGCACUGCCUACACGCCAGACAAAUUAAAGAUGGCAUACAUACUCUACUAUAUGGCCAUUGUGGGCCAUGCUUUGUCCAUUGCAUCCCUGCUGAUUUCUCUGGCGAUAUUCUUUUACUUCAGGAGCCUUAGUUGUCAAAGGAUUACACUGCACAAGAAUUUGUUUUGCUCCUAUGUACUGAACUCCGCUUUUACCAUUGUGAACCUCAUUGCCGUUGUGAACAACCCUAAAGUUGUGGAAAAAAACCCUGUGGGCUGUAAGGUUCUUCACUUCUUUCACAUGUAUAUGCUGGGGUGUAACUACUUUUGGAUGCUGUGCGAGGGGAUUUACCUGCACACGCUCAUUGUGGUGGCCGUGUUCGCUGAGGAGCAGCACCUGCACUGGUAUUACCUCCUGGGCUGGGGGUUCCCUUUGGUGCCUGCAUCAAUCCAUGCAGUUGCAAGGAAAAAGUAUUUUGAUGACAAUUGCUGGAUGAGUGUGGACACUCAAUUGCUCUACAUUGUCCAUGGACCGAUAAUGGCAGCUUUAUUAGUGAAUUUGUUUUUCCUGCUAAACAUUGUGAGGGUGCUGGUGACCAAGCUUCGGGACACCCACCGGGCAGAGUCCAACAUGUACAUGAAAGCAGUCCGAGCCACACUCAUCCUCAUUCCCUUACUAGGAAUCCAGUUCAUCAUUUUGCCAUGGCGACCAGAAAACAGGCUUAUCGGCGAAAUAUAUGACAUAACAAUGCAUAUGUUAAUGCAUUAUCAGGGCUUGCUGGUGGCAACUAUAUUUUGCUUUUUCAAUGGAGAGGUGCAGUCGGCUCUCAAGAGGCAGUGGAUGCAGUACAAAACGCAGUGGGGCCAGCGCAGGCGGGAGCACUGCUCCAUGCGCUCCACCUCCUACACCGCCACGUCCAUCACGGAGGACCCCACCUUCCUCUACCACCACGACUGCAACAGCGAACACUUGAACGGGAAAUAUUCCGACGACUCGGAAGUGGUCGCGCUAAAGACGGAAGAGACGUACGCCUGAACGAGAAAAAAAAAAAAUGCGAGCGUGGGAAAGCAAAUGCGGGAGAUUUUUGCGUUUUUCUUUUUACGAGAAAAAAGAAAAAAAAAAGAUCAAUGGAAAACAAAAACAAACAAAAGAAUCAUGUCGACGCAGAAUCUUCAAAGCCCCACUGCAGAUAUUCACCGGACUGACUCAACAACUGAGUUGUCAUGUUAAUUGUUUGCCGGCAAUGACAUUUUCCUUUCGGCGAGAGCUAAUGGCCGUAUUAUUUUCAUUACAGUGCUGCUGCUUUUUAAAAAAAAAAAAAAUAGAAGCUACAUUUUUUUUAAAAUGUGGCAAAUCUUAAGCUGCUAGUUCUAGGCCCUCAGAGGCUGAAGAUGAUCGUGUACUAGUAUUGUGGCCGUGAUACCAAAGGGCGUGUCGAUUGGCCGACUGAGACUGAUUCUCCGUCAGAACUGAGCCAAACCCCAAAAUUAAUUCUAAGGUAACAGACUUAUACUGUGCGUCUGCAGGACAAUGAAAAGAAGUCAUGUUCCUCGGUGCCUAAGCUCUUGAGUUGUGUACAUAUUUACUGGUUUUAAUUGCUAAAAUGUAUUACCGGUUGUAUAAAUCUUUAGGCCUCUUCUCACCGUUUUGGGUUGUUCGAAUAUCCGUCGUCUGUUCCAUGAUGUUUCCUACUUGCUUUCCUGUUUGUGCAGCUGUGCAUGUGGUGGUUCUGUCACAUGGGGAGUGCGCAAACACAGAAAAAAAGACACGUUGAAGAAGGCCUGAACUUAAAUCGAUUAGAAUUAGAAUUUUAAAAAAUCCGUCAAAUCUGAAUAGGUCAAAUAACGGAAAUGAAGUAGGGGUGGUUUUUAUGUUGAGUAGGCAUUUGUUUACAGUUUCUGGUCAUUUUAGAGGCUGCUUCAGUGGAACAAUCUUAGAAAGGGUUUGUUGUGUUAUUUUGACGAGCAGAUACCUGUGUAGCCUGGUUGCUUCACUCUCUUGUAUGUUUUCCUUAGUAUUUAUUAUUCUCGUAUGUUUGCACUCAAGUUCUAAAUAAAGUAACUUUACAUAGAGUACAUUUA